GCACACUCGGUUCCGGGCAUGCGCAGUGUGUCCCAAACCGGUGGGAAUGAUGGCGUUCUCCACUGCACGCUGUUCCUCACGUUGGAUAACAGUCGUCGUGUCUUCUGGACCUCGAAGGGCUGCAGGUUCCGUUCUGUCGUCUGACAAUGUUGGGGUCCGACAAUUUUCUUCCCUUGGAGUGGGAAAGCUGUGGCGUGGAGGGAGCCUGGUGUGCGGCGGAGAAGGAAAAGCGUUGACAUUGAGGGGCCUCUCAGGCCUCAAAUCUCCCCAUGUCAUCUGCACAACCUUCUUUCACACAAGUGUGCCCUCCAACAGCAAGCAGGACUUCUACCAGAUUCUUGGGGUGCCACGUACUGCCAACAAGAAAGAGAUCAAGAAAGCCUAUUAUCAGAUGGCUAAAAAGUACCACCCUGACUCCAACAAAGACGACCCACAAGCUAAGGAAAAGUUUGCUCAGCUGGCUGAAGCUUAUGAGGUUCUCAGUGAUGAAACAAAGAGGAAGCAGUAUGACACGUACGGCUCAGCGGACUUUGGUGCUGGUCAGGCAAAAGGAGGGCAGCACUACUGGGAUGGACACGCCAGCAGCGUGGACCCAGAGGAGCUUUUCCGUAAAAUAUUUGGAGAAUUCUCAGGAGGGCGAGGCUUUGGAGACUACAACAAAAUAUUUGAGCAGCCACAGGAGUACAUCAUGGAUCUGACGUUCACACAGGCAGCAAAGGGAGUCAACAAAGAGAUUUCGCUAAAUGUAGAGUCAUCGUGCCAAAACUGCGACGGUAAAGGCCACGAGCCAGGCACUAAGGUCCAGCACUGCAACCACUGCAACGGUUCUGGCAUGGAAACAAUAAAUACAGGUCCGUUUGUGAUGCGCUCCACUUGUCGUCGCUGCGGUGGCAAAGGAACAAUCAUCUCUAACCCCUGUCAGACUUGCAGGGGUACUGGACAAACCAAGCAGAGGAAGACUGUGAUGGUUCCUGUGCCUGCAGGAGUGGAGGAUGGUCAGACCGUCAGAAUGCCAGUUGGAAAGAAGGAGAUCUUCAUCACGUUUCGGGUCCAGAAGAGUCCUGUGUUCAGGAGGGAUGGUGCGGACAUUCACUCUGAUCUGUUCAUCUCUGUGGCUCAGGCCAUUCUGGGUGGCUCAGCCAAAACACAGGGACUUUAUGAAACACUUAAUUUGUCCAUUCCUGCAGGUAUCCAGGCUGACCAGAGGAUCCAUUUGAUAGGAAAAGGAAUUGCUCGUGUUAGUGGCUAUGGCUUUGGCGAUCACUAUGUCCAUGUAAAAGUAAAAAUACCAAAGACUCUGACAGACAGACAGAGAAACCUUUUAAUGAGUUAUGCUGAGGAUGAGACGGACGUGGAGGGAACAGUGAACGGAGUCACUAAUACCAAAACAGGUAAAAGAUCUUUCUCAAACUGAGGCCUCUUGAGCAGGUCAGAGGGCAGAGUAAACCAAGGACAUCACCAUCGCAAAGAUAAAAAAGACAGGAAUGAGAAAUGUUCAUUGUUGGUUGAGUCCUGGAGGAGUUUUUGGAUGAAAGGUUACACACCGUUCUGCAAAAUCCUCUUAAAGAGGCUGAAGGUUUGUCUGCUCUGCUUCUCUGUCAAAGUGGAUCUACAGAAGAGGACGUGCCAGUUUUUAUCAAAUGUACACAGUGUGACAACAAAGACUUGGAAAAGCACUCUCUGUAAGAUGGUUUCUGUUUGAUGCCUAAACAUAAGCAAUGGUCCUAGCAGAAUUUAUAAAUGAGAAAUUAAUUAUUGUACUGACAAACACUGCACUUACAGAGUAAAGUUUAAUUGGGAUUAAAUACUGUUAAGUCAAUUCUACAUGUAACUGUUGUCUUCAGGCCAGAAUUUCUCGUUUGUUCUCCAUCCCUUUAGGUGAAACAGAUUAAAUAUUCAGACUACGUGAGUAUUAAUGUUGGAGGAUAAAGAUGUAGGUCUGGCUUUCCUGAACUGUGACCACCAAUAGUUAAAUACCUGUUCAAGAUGUCUUUUUGUCCUUCAGUUUUUUUUUUCUUAAUCACAUUUGUACAUCAGCUUUUGUGAGAAUUCAUUCAUGUAUCAUAUUAAAGGAAGCCAUACAGCUGCAAUAAAGUUAUGGCCUGGAAAA